GUCACCUCCUCAGGAAAUUGAAAAUUCCACCGAAAGUCGGUGUGGAUGAUGGAAUGGAAGUAUUAUUAUCAUUGUCAAUUCGGUUUUCUUUUCACAUCUCGAUCUCUCUAUCCUUUGCUUUAGCCACUUUCACCAACAGUAGUCAUCCCAACAACUUCCAAUUCAGCUCCCCAAUCUUCUCUAUAAAUCUGCCACUACUUCAGUCUUGGAGAUUGGAAACAUUUCCAAAAAGAAAUAUUAAACUAAGAGGUUUUCUUUGUACACUUAGUGGCACCACAUGUGCUGUGGAUUCGCAUAGUUUGCACUUUCUAUGCUAUUAACGCCACCAUCCAUCCCAUUACCAUCUCGCUCUCUUCUAUAUAAAAACUACUCUACUACUCGUUGAGUAAAUACCAUUCCUCUCCCUUCUGCUUCUUCGCCACAAUCUUUCUUAAUUGAUUAAGUUAAUAUUCAUAGAGGAAUUAAAUGGAUGAGGAAGCUAAGCAGGAACAAGCCCCGCCAGAGGAGAAAAAGGAAGAGAAGGCAGAGGAGAAGCCAGCGGAAGAAAAGAAGGAGGAACCACCACCGCCACCUCCUCCUUUCGUCUUGUUUGUGGACUUGCAUUGUGUGGGAUGUGCAAAGAAGAUUGAGAAAUCAGUCAAGAAGAUUAGAGGUGUGGAAGGAGUUGCGAUCGAUAUGGCUCAAAACCAAGUGACGAUAAAGGGAAUUAUCGAACCCCAAGCAAUAUGCGCUAAAAUCAUGAAGAAAACCAAAAGAAGAGCUAGAGUCCUGUCCCCCUUGCCUGCAGCUGAGGGUGAACCUAUGCCAGAAGUUGUCUCUUCACAGGUUAGUGGAUUAGCAACUGUGGAGCUCAACGUAGACAUGCAUUGCCAAGCCUGUGCUGAGCAACUGAAGAGAAAGAUACUAAAAAUGAGAGGCGUACAAAGUGCAGUAACCGAGCAUACCACAGGGAAAGUUACAGUGACGGGCACCAUGGAUGCAAACAAGCUAGUGGACUAUGUGUAUAGACGCACCAAAAAGCAGGCGAGGAUCGUGCCAGCUCAACCUGAACCCGAGAAGCAAGAAGAGAAAAAGAAGGGCGAAGAGAAGCCAGCUGAAGAAGCCAAACCUGAAGAAAACGCAGGGAAAAAAGAAGAAGAAAAACCACCCGAAGAAGCCAAGAAAGACGAAGGUAAUAAAGAAGCUGAAAACAAAGAAGGGAAGGAAGAGGAAAAGAAAGAAGCAACAGAAGAGAACGAUAGCAGUAACAAUGAGGAGGAAUCGAUGAAGAAAAUGAUCCACUACUACCAGCCCCUUUACAUUAUCGAGCGAAUGCCUCCUGCUCCUCAGCUUUUCAGUGACGAAAAUCCCAACGCUUGUUGCAUUUCCUAGUCAUGAAUGUUUUCACGUUUUACUAGUUUUCUAUAGUUUUUUUUUUAAUUAGUUAAUUUUUACCAUAAUGUGGAGUAGUAUAUAUAUAAGUAAUGUUCAUGAGUCCGUACCACUGAUGAUGAGAAUUUUAGAGAAAUCUGGUGGACGGCUCAUGAUCAAUCAGGGUAUGUGAAGGAAUGGCAUCAUUAUACAACUGAGUUGAUUAAUAAUAUGAUCAUUCUGUAUCAAAGUCAUAGUUGCUGUAUAAGAUAA